AGACCUACGGCGGUGUUGGAUCCACAUGGAACCCGGGCUGCUUGGGCCGAGAAGUCAUUGGGCCGUGGGGCGGGCUGAGCCGAUUGGUUACAGCACUCAGUGCAUAACAGUGAGGCAGGGGGCGCUGCCAAGACCCAACGGCACCGAGCUGUCUGCAUGGCAGCUCACCAGCCUUUGUGCAGCGCCGAAACACCUCCCACCUGCAGCAUACCAACGACACCCACCGCAUGGAGCGCCUGGUUUCCGCAUCGGGCCGUCCCUUUCAAACCAAAGGCAAAGAAAUGCGGUGACAAGCAAACAAAGCACCACCCUUCAAAUACUUCGCCGUGUCCUCCAGUCGCCCUCCAGCUCACGAUCGACUCUGUUCCCCAACCUCAAGCUCAACCAUGGCCGACGACGUCACGCCCCUCGCCUCGCUCUCUCUCACCCACGUCUACUAUAACCCAGAGGACCCCAUCUCUUACCUAUGCGCCUUCCUCUCCCUGCUGCCGCAGGCCCUCUGCGUCGCCUACGCGACGCUGCUCUGGGCGACGCGCGAGGCCGAGGUGCUGCUGCUCUUCGCGGGCCAGCUGGCCUGCGAGGCGGUCAACUUCGCGCUGAAGCGCCUGAUCAAGGAGGAGCGGCCGCCGCGGCGCGUGGCGGCGGCGGGGAGCAGCCCCGCGGGCAUCGGCAGCCCCGUGGGUAAGGGGUACGGCAUGCCCAGCUCGCACGCGCAGUUCGUCGUGUUCUGGGCCGUCGCGCUCAGCCUGUUCCUGCUGGUGCGGCACCGGCCGCAGCGGCCGAUGCCCGUCGUUCCCGUCGGGGAGAGGGGCGGUGGCGGUGGCAGUGGGAGUGGGAAUGGGAAUGGGAGUGGGAAUGGGAAUGGGCGGAACGGUCCCCCGUCGACCUCGUCGCCGCCGUCGUCGUCGUUGUUGACUGACGUCCCGCGUGCGUAUCGCGCCGGCGGGUUCCCCGCGCUCGGCGCCUCCAUCGAGGCGUACUCGCACGCGCCGUGGACGCUGGCGGAGCGCGCCGUGGUGAGUGCGGGCGCGCUGCUCGUGGCCGCGGCCGUGGCGUGGAGCCGCGUCUAUCUGGGCUACCACACGGUGCGGCAGGUGCUGGCGGGCUGCGCGGCCGGGGCCGGGUGCGCGGCCGCGUGGUUCGCCGUGACCUACGCGCUGAGGGAGACGGGCACGCUGGCGUGGGCGCUGGAGUUGCCCAUCGCGAGGUGGUUCCGGGUGAGGGACCUGGUGGUGAUGGAGGAUUUGUGCCAAGCUGGGUGGGAGAAGUGGGAGGAGAGGCGACGGAUCGCGUUUGAGAGGGAGCGGGAAAGGGGGGAGAAGAAGACGAAAUGACGGACUUGCCGAGCCUGCAUAGACAAAACAGUACACACGCGUUCAGCCCAUAUUAGGUUACUGUUGUAAAGCCAAGUGAUCUCUCUCUGGUAACUUGUGAAUCCGCUUGAAACCUGUCCGACCCUUUGCUCGAAAACGUAUUGAUUA